GGUCUCGGCGGCUCCCUCCCACUCUUCUCCCUCCCUCGCCCCGCCGCCCCAAACCCCUGGAAAGAAAAAGAAAAGAAAAAAAACUAUGGAGUCCACCAAAACCCCUUUCCUCUCCCCCUUGUCCCCUCCCCCAAAAAAACCCUUCCUCCCUCCCUCCAAAUCCACAAAUCGCCCCCCAAAACCCCUCAAAACCCCACGCCGCUCCGCCCCUGUCCGCGCAUGCUACGUCUCUGACCCCUGGACCCUCAGCGACGGCAACGGCAAGCCCCUGACGAGGCCCUACCGGCGCCACCCCCGGAAGCCCCUCUCCGACGACGACGCCCGCCGCAUCAUCAACGCCAAGGCCCAGUACCUCAGCCGUCUGCGCCGCAACCAAGGGAGCGGCGCCCAGACCCCGCGCUGGAUCCGCCGAACGCCGGAGCAGAUGGUCCGGUACAUCGAGGACGACAGGGACGGGCAUUUAUACGGGAAGCACGUGGUGGCGGCAAUCAAAGCCGUGCGGAGCCUCUCCGGGUGGCCGGAGGGGUCCUACGAUAUGAGGGAGGUGAUGGCGUCGUUCGUCGUGAAGCUGAGCUUCCGGGAGAUGUGCAUCGUGCUCAAGGAGCAGCGUGGGUGGCGCCAGGUCAGGGAUUUCUUUGCCUGGAUGAAGCUGCAGCUAUGCUACAGACCCAGUGUAAUUGUCUACACGAUUGUUCUUAAAACAUAUGGCCAAGUUGGAAAGAUCAGACUUGCAGAACAGAUAUUUCUGGAGAUGCUUGAAGCAGGCUGUGAACCUGAUGAAGUUGCUUGUGGCACUAUGCUUUGCACGUAUGCUAGGUGGGGACGGCAUAAGGACAUGUUAUUAUUUUAUUCUGCUGUGCGUAGGCGAGAUAUCUUACCCUCUGUUGCAGUUUUUAAUUUCAUGAUUUCAUCUUUGCAAAAGCAGAAGCUGCAUGUAAAGGUUAUCCAGUUGUGGAAGCAGAUGUUGAAUGCUGGAGUAGAGCCCAAUCGUUUCACUUAUACAGUUGUUAUAAGUUCAUAUGCCAAAGAAGGCCUUAUGGAGGAAGCUUUGGAUGUGUAUCGAAAAAUGAAAAAAUCUGGACUCAUCCCUGAGGAGGCAACAUAUGGCCUUUUGAUCAGCUUAACUGCAAAACAUGGCAAAGGAGAUGAGGCACUAAGACUUUAUGAAGAGAUGAAGCCUCUGGGUAUUAUUCCAAGUAACUAUACUUAUGCUUCGCUUCUGUCUUUGCAUUAUAAAAAUGCUGAUUACUCUAAAGCGCUCUCACUCUUUUCAGAGAUGGAAAGGAAUAAAAUUAUGCCUGAUGAAGUUAUCUAUGGUAUACUUAUUAGGAUAUAUGGCAAACUUGGCCUGUAUGAGGAUUCGCAAAAAACUUUUGAAGACAUUGAAAAAUUAGGUCUCCUUAGUGAUGAGAAAACAUAUGUAGCAAUGGCGCAGGUUCAUCUGAAUGUUGGAAGCCAUGAGAAAGCUUUAGAAGUUAUUGAGCUCAUGAGGUCUAAAGAUGUGGAGCUGUCAGAUUUUGCAUAUAGUUUUUUACUUCGGUGUUAUGUCUCCAAGGAAGACGUGGCUUCUGCAGAAUAUGUGUUUCAAAAUCUAUCAAGGAAUGGCUUUCCUGAUUCAAUCUGCUGCAAUGACUUACUUACGCUCUAUGUUAAAUUAGGUCUUCUGGAGAAGGCCAAAGCAUUAAUCUCACAGAUGACAAAACAUGAAGUCCACUUUGAUGAGAACCUUUAUGAGACUGUUAUGGAAGUAUAUUGCAGAGAGGGGAUGAUAAAUGAGGCUGAACAAUUAAUAAAGGAGAUGGAAGAUGUUGGAUCAUGCAUGGAUAACACCACAAAAACGUCAUUGAUGGCCAUGUAUGGGGAAGCUGGAUGGCUUCAGAAAGCAGAAGACUUGUUAAAGACCUUAGAGCAACCAGACACUACAGCACUCAGUGUGAUGCUUUGCCUGUACAUAGAAAAUGGUGAUACCUGUAAAUCCAAAGAAAUUUUGAAGACCAUGUUGGAGACUACUGGUGGCUUGUCUGCUGCAAGCCAGCUGAUCUGCAAAUUUGUUAGGGAAGGAAGUAUAACUGAAGCGGAAUCCAUGUAUAGACAGUUAAUGGAGCUUGGUUUCAGACCUCUGGACUCAGCAGCUGCUUCUAUGAUUACUUUAUAUGGUCAGUGCCAGCAACUAAAACAAGCCCAAGAAAUAUUUGAUUCAAUGGCUCAAUCUUCAAGCACUAGAGGAGCUAUUUAUAACUCGAUGGUAGAUACCUUUUGCAAAUGUGGUAAAAUCGAUGAGGCAAACCAGCUCUACAAAAAAAUGGUUGAUCAAGGCUAUACUCCGGAUGCGGUCACCAUCAGUAUACUCGUAUAUGCUUUAAUGAAGCACGGCAAAUAUCAGCAGGCAGAAAACAUUAUCAAUGACAGUUUUCAUGAUGGCGUGGAGCUUGAUACUGUUGCAUACAAUACUUAUAUAAAAGCAAUGCUUGAUGCAGGUAAACUGCACUCUGCUGUUAGCAUAUAUGACCGCAUGAUUUCAUCUGGUGUUCCCCCAUCUCUUCAGACAUACAACACUAUGAUCAGUGUAUAUGGUCAAGGAGGAAAGUUGGAGAAGGCUAUUGAGAUAUUCAACACUGCACAAGACUCGGGUCUCAUAAUAGAUGAGAAAGCAUAUACCAAUAUGAUUAGCUUUUAUGGAAAGGCUGGUAGGAGUCAAGAAGCUUAUCAACUAUUUAGUAAAAUGAAGGGGGGUGGAAUAAGACCUGGAAAGAUUAGUUACAAUAUCAUGAUCAAUGUUUAUGCCACUUCUGGACUUCAUCAUCAAGCAGAAAAUCUUUUUGAAGACAUGCAAGAAGAUGGCCAUUUCCCUGAUUCCCUCACAUACCUUGCACUGAUUAGAGCAUACACUGAGAACCAUAACUAUUGCAAAGCAGAGAAUAUUAUUCAGAGGAUGUUAAAGGAGGGAAUUAGUCCUUCAUGUGCUCAUUUCAACCACCUAAUCUUUGCCUUCAUAAAAGAAGGGAACAUUCCAGAGGCAGAAAGAGUGUAUGGGCAAUUGAAACAAAUGGGCUUGAGUCCUGAUUUAGCAUGCUGUCGAGCUAUGAUGAGGGCAUAUAUGGACCAUGGGCUUAUUGACAAAGGUAUAGCAUUCUUUGAAACAGUCAAUGGGUUUGUAAAACCUGAUGGGUUUUUCUUAAGUGCUGCUGUUCAUCUGUAUGAGUUUGCUGGCAAGGAAUCUGAAGCUGGGGAUAUUAUAGAUAACAUGAAUCUGCAGGGACUCUUGUUUCUAAGAAACCUGAGAAUUGGAUCAAAGUCUGUAACAGCACAGAAUAUGAUGUGAUGAAGUUGAACCAGGCAGUGACUUAUAAAUUGCAUCUAGACAUAUUCAUCUCAUGGUGUGGCUCUCAGCAUGAUUGGGCUGAUUACCCAGAUUGUUCAUAUGGUGUCGAUGUGUGUUAUUAUGUGGCUGCUCACAAAUGAUAAGGAUAUUAAUAGCUUCAAAGCCCAUGAGAUGAUGCCUUGGUUAGUUGGCAUUGUAUAGAAAGCUGUUUCUUUAUAUAUAGGUGGUGUGGACUGAGUUGGGUGACAAUCAUCAAAUGAGAAGGAACAUGAGUUGCUCAAUGCACCAGCUGUAAUCGGCUAUGAUGUGAGAAGAUAAUGAUUACUCCUACCAAAUACAUUUAUAUGAGAGAUGUGAUUGUAAGGUCUGCAUUUUAGUGCAGUGUAUUCUGAAUUUUGCUUACAAAAUGAGCGGAAUGAUCUGAUCGAGGACAAGUAUUAACUAAUGAAGGCAUCAUGCAGGAUAGCAAAAUUUUCACGAUGUUGACAUUGAUUAGCCAAUUACCAGACUUGAUAUUGGACCUUAAGCUAUCACAGGACCUGCUUGGUAGGACCUCUCUGAAGGCUGAUGAGAAAGAGAAAAACGACUUGAAACUUCCGCAAAAGACUGCGGCUGUUUGACUGCCUCUGAUGAAAGAUAGAAUUACAGAAAACUAGAUAAAUUUGCUCUUGAUUGUCGAUGGUUGUUUAUGUUCAACUUUUGGCACCUCUUGUUUCUUAAAUAAUGAAUAUGAGUUUAGAAUGUCGUCCUACGAGGGAGUCCAGAGCCAAAGGGGCUCGGUACUUUUUUGAGUUAUAGUGUUCAAAAGAGGGGACCCUCCUGAAGUUUAGUGUAUCACCCACAGAGCUGCCAACUAAUGGGGCAUUUUCUCAGCUCGUCCCUGUAUAAUGUACAGUUCUUAUUGUACGGUAACAUUGUAAUGCACUUUAGAAUUCAUUUCUCAGGAAAUUCAAUGGAAAUGAUGUCAAGUUGCAACAUAUAAUGGUGGUUGAUCAUGUAGUUGAAACUCCCCAUCUUCAGGGGAUUAAU